CCACUGGGGGCACUAUAAAUAACCGCUGCUUUGUGAUUCGUCAUAUAAAGUGGCACUUUUAAACCCUCAUUUUAAAUAUGUCGCCACUUCUGGACAAUGAGAAAUGCGGGUGACAACCGUUAAGAAGCACAGCUCUACAAGUAAUUUAUACAAAUGUUUAUACAAAUGAUCAAUACUAAAAUGUUUAUGCAAAUGAGACGUGACCAAAGUGCUGGUCGAUUACAAAGAGACCUCCAGCUCCAGCCAAUGAAAUUAGGAACAUCACUAGCGUCUAAUUUAAUUGGCUGGGCUCGCUCCUCCGUGUCCCGCCUACACAAAUUCUCUAUGUCUCUGAUUGGACAACGUCCGUGACGGCAUCACGUCGCCUGUGUGUGCAAGUUUGAGCAAAUUGGCGGGGAAGAGCCGUACUUGAAAGUAUAACCUCGCGCUCCAUUUUUUCUUUCAGCUUCUUGAAUUUAAUGAUAUUGCCAAGUUGCUCAAGUGCUCGUAGAACAAGACGGCGCUUUAGCCAUGAAUGGAAAUGAUCCCAACGGCGACGCGGAGGAGCUUGUGGACAAGCUGGACAAGUUUUUGUCCUUGGACGAGGAGGACAACAUGGAAGUCUAUCACAGACACAUCCAAGACGGCAAAAAUGCGGCCCGAGGGGGAGAGGUGAGCAAAGCUCUGGAGCACUUCAAGAUGGCCUUCAACAUUCACCGCACGGACAAACUGCAGAAGCGGAUCCAGAAACUGGAGGAGGUUUUGGCGCAGAGUUUCCAGGACGACGACGACGAGUACGUGGAUGUCAAGAAGAGCGGCCUGAAGCUGUACAAGGAGCUCUACGACAAGCUGUACGACUACCAGAGGAGCGGCGUGGCCUUCAUGUACAGCCUCUACAGAGACGGGCGCAAAGGUGGCAUUCUGGCCGACGACAUGGGCCUGGGCAAAACCAUCCAGGUCAUUUCCUUCCUCUCGGCCAUGUAUGACAACGAGCUGGUCAAGCACACCAUGCUGGUCAUGCCCACCUCGCUCAUAACUAACUGGACCAAGGAGUUCAAGAAGUGGACUCCCGGCAUGCGGGUCAAAGAGUUUCACGGUGUCAGCAAGGCCGAGCGGACCAAGAACCUGGAGAAGAUCCAGAGGAGGAGCGGUGUGAUCAUCACCACCUACACCAUGCUCAUGAACAACUGGCAGCAGCUGUCGUCCUACCAGGGCCGAGAGUUCAAGUGGGACUACAUGAUACUGGACGAGGCCCACAAGAUCAAGACCAGCACCACCAAAACGGCCAAGUGCGCCACCGCCAUCCCGUCUAAAAACAGAGUGCUCCUCACCGGCACGCCCGUCCAAAACAAUCUGCGAGAGUUGUGGGCGCUCUUUGACUUUGCCUGUCAGGGAACUCUGCUGGGCACGCUCAAAACCUUCAAGAUGCAGUACGAGAACCCCAUCACUCGUGCCCGGGAGAAGGACGCCACUCCGGGAGAGAAGGUCCUCGGGUCCCGGAUGUCGGAGAACCUCAUGGCCAUCAUACGACCUUACUUCCUGCGCCGGACCAAGGCCGAAGUGCAGAAGAGCAAAGACGGCGGCGGCACGUCGGAUGCUGCCGGUCACUCUGCGAGCGCAGAGGAGACCGAGGAGCCCGGGGGUCGAAAGGUCUCUGGGGCCAGCGGGCCCACCCUCACCAGAAAGAAUGACCUGAUUGUAUGGACGUACCUCAGCAGCAUCCAGGAAGACAUCUACUGGAAGUUCAUUUCCUUGGAACACAUCAAGGAGCUGCUCAUGACGUCUAGGUCGCCUCUGGCGGAGCUGACCAUUCUCAAGAAGCUGUGUGACCACCCGCGGCUUCUCUCCGCCCGGGCCACAGCCAGCUUGGGUCUCAGGGAGGCUCGGCAGAGCAACUACCACGAUGACAGCGGCAGUCAGAGCAUCAGCAACGUUCCAGACGAAACUUUGAUCGCCGAGUCCGGCAAACUGGCCUUCCUGCUUACUCUCCUCAAGCAUCUGCGGGCCCAAGGCCACCGCACGCUGGUCUUCGCCCACUACAGGAUGGUGCUGGACAUCCUUCAGCGCAUCCUGAGGAACCAGGGCUUCAAAGUCCUGCGCCUGGACGGCACCGUCACGCAGGUGGCCGAGCGUGAGCGACUCAUCACCCUUUUCCAGACGGACAGCAGCUACGCCGUCUUCCUUCUCACCACCCAGGUCGGCGGCGUCGGCAUCACCCUGACGGCGGCUGACAGGGUGGUCAUCUACGAUCCCAGCUGGAACCCGGCGACCGACGCCCAGGCGGUGGACAGGGUGUACCGCAUCGGCCAGACCAAGAACGUGGUCAUUUACCGACUCAUCACCUGCGGCACGGUGGAGGAGAAGAUCUACAGGCGGCAGGUUUUCAAGGACUCGCUGAUCCGCCAGACCACUGGCGACAAGAAGAACCCUUUCCGCUAUUUCAGCAAGCAGGAGCUGCGGGAGCUCUUCAGCCUGGAGGACACCAGGUCCUCCUCCACGCAGCUGCUGCUCCAGUCUCUGCACGCCAAACACCGAAGCAGUGACCCCGACUUGGACGUGCACCUGGCCCACCUCCACACCAUGGACAUGUUCGGACUCUCCGAUCAUGACCUCAUGUUUUGCCUCAACGUGGACCUCGACGAGGCCCCGCAGGACCGCGAAGAGCAACAGUACAUCGAAGGGCGGGUCCAGAAGGCCCACGAGCUGGUGAAGGCCGAGUCGGACUUGCACAUGCAGUUUGCCACCAUCUUGGAGUCGAGCGCCGAGCCCGCGUGGAGGCGAAAGUCGACAAGUGAGCGUGAGGAUCUGCUAAAGGAUAAGAAACUGAGCAAGCCCAGAUCCAGUGUCACAUGCUCGCCGCGCCGCAGCAACACGUCGCCAGCCCGGGCGGGCCUGGACCGAUCCAGCGACGCCAAGGAGGGUGGCGGCCUUCGGGGUCGCAGCAGCUCGGUCCAUCUCGCUGACGAAGAAAGCCCCCCGCCGUGGAACCCAGACAACCUCGGAGAGCACGUCCAGAAAAGUCCGGAAGAAAGCCUUGUUGCUCUCACGCACGUCAGUCUCGACGAAGGCCCCAAGUGCGACGACUCAAACUCGGAUGGGAGCCGAAGCAACAGACUCUCCGCCCUGCAGUCGUCCAUGUCCAGCUCGAGAGUGGACUGCUGGAGCAGAGUCAGCGACAGCGGCUCCGAGCUGAUGGAAGGAAACUUCAAUCUACAGCUGGAGGAGAGCGAGAUCUCCUACCAGGAUGAGGAGAAGAAGCUUCAAUCACAACUUCGGCUGGAGGAAAAAGACAUCCUGUACCAGGAUGAGGAGAGAAAGCUCCUCUCGCCAAUUCAGCUGGAUGAGGAGCGCGAUGUCCUGUACCAGGAUGAUGACGACCAGGUGGAGGAGGAGGAGGAAGAGGAGGAAGAGGAGGAGGAGGAGAAGCUGUUGUCGCAGCUUCAGAUAUCGGGAACCUUUGACGUGGGCAAGUCCUUGACGGAGAGGCAGCUCGGACUCAGCAUCCAAUCCCGCGUCUCCGAGAUGGACGAGUCUAUCGCCGCGGUGACCAAGAAGAAGAAAAUAGUGCCCCUCAUUUAUGACAGUGAAGAGGAAGAGGUGGAGGAGAUGGAGGUUAAGGUUACCCCAUCGUCUUCCAAAGCCUCCGCCCCGUUCAACAGCUUCCCACCACAUGGUUCGUCCACGCCAAAGUCCUCACCGCUCAUCAGCUCGAGAAAAAGCUUCCGGGGAAACGUCUCAGUGGCGUCUCGCCGCUCCCUCCAAAUCCACCAGAAUAAGAUUUCGGCGAGGUCUUCUGAUGAGGAGGAGGAGGAGGAGGAUGCCACCACAAAGAUCCGCUCCCUCCAAAUCCACCGGAAUAAGAUUUCGGCGAGGUCUUCCGACGAGGAGGAGGAGGAUGCCACCACAAAGACCCCAAACUCGCAUGAAGAUGUCGAAGAAGUGGAAGAAGUAGAAGAGGACGAAGAGGAGGAAGAGGAGGAGGAGGAGGAUAUGCAGGAGGAUCCCCGUAGCGGCAACCUGGAAGAGUCAACCAGCGAGCCCGAACUGACGUCCUCCGAGAGGUUGGAGCAGUGCGCCGCCAAAGCGACGGUGGCCUGCGUCGAUGCCUACGAGUCGCUGGUGAGGCGAGGCCGCGAGUCGUUCACACAGGGCCGCCUCGGGGAGGCUCUGGAUUUGUUCCUCAAUGCUAUCGACAUCAGGCCCGGAGACCCGGAAAUCCAGUCCUUGACCAUCCAGCUGUACCGACAGCUCAGUCGCUCGUAACACGAACGCGCCCCAAAAACUCUGAUCAAAUGUUCAAUACAUUUUUGCUGUUUUGGUUGCUGUCAAAGCCGCCCAGCACUGGCUGCUACUGUCCGUCUUGCGCAACUGAUGAGGAAAAAUAAAAGCCUUUUCUAUGGUUCAAA